UCAUGAGUCAAAAACCAACAAAUUCAAAAUAAAAUUCGCACGCAAUUGCUUAGAAAAUGAUCAUUUACGUAUCGGAACAACAGCAGUCCAUAGGUAAUAAUCUCUGCAAAAAUAAAAAUAAAAUAGGAGAGGAAACGAAGUUACCAAUUUCCCAGCACGGUCAUCAUUCAUCCCCAGCCAAAAAUCCAAAAAUCCAAAAACCCUACGCGAACCUAACCAGCCUAGUCAGCCAAAUUUCCAAAGCUACCUACCUAAGCUAAGCUAAGCUUCCCUCAUGCACAUGCAAAGCCAACACCUCCAUCACACAUUCGACUUCCACUUCCAGCACAACGACCACGACCACCACAAGCACUCCUCAAAAUGGCACAACCACUGCCCCGAUUCUCACGACGCUUCUUCCAAACCUCUUCACCUCUCCCUCGAACUUGCACUCGCACUCACACUCGCACUUUCCGUCCUCAAUUCCACGCAAAUCCUAAAUCAAGUCGAGGCUAUUCAACAGGUGGUCCUAGUAAGAGCCCGUUGAAGAUCUGGCCUUUUGUUGCUAUUACUUUGGUGGGAAGUGGUGCUUAUGCUUUGAUGGUUAGGAGUAGAGCUGGUACUGGUAUGUUGUGUUAUUUAAUGUGUUUUUUUUGGGGGGGGGUUUUUGGUUUCAAUUGGUUAUGUUAUGGGAUGGAUGUAUAAGGGGUGUGGGAUUGGUAUAGUGUUAUGGAUUAGAUGGAUUAGAGCGAUGAGAUGAUACGAUCUGAAGGAUUCGAGAGCCGCUUUAAGUUUUAUUGAGGCUUGGAGCUUAUUGUCAUACAUAUGAGCAUCUCCUCAUUCUCUUCAUCAUCCAUCAAUCUAACUAUCUGCAAAGACCCCGUCCCGCCCUCCCACCUUCCAAAUCUACUACCCUCUACUCAAAUAACCCCAUAACUAACAACCCAACCCACCACAGACAUGACACCACCAACGCCCCAACUCCCCUCCCCCAAAAAACCCAUCCCAACCUUCUCCCCCGAAAAAGUAACCAUCCUCUUCGUCCUCGGCGGCCCCGGAGCAGGAAAAGGCACACAAUGCGCCAACCUCGUCCGAGACUACAACUUCACCCAUCUCUCCGCAGGUGAUCUCCUCCGAGCCGAACAAGAACGUCCCGGUUCCGAAUUCGGCGAAAUGAUUAAAGAUUACAUCAAGAACGGCCUGAUAGUCCCCAUGGAAGUAACCGUUCAACUCCUCGAAAACGCCAUGAUGGAUGUUAUUUCCAAAUCGCCUAACGGGUCGGGUAAAUUCCUAAUCGAUGGAUUUCCGCGCAAAUUAGACCAGGCGCAUAAAUUUGAGGAGACGGUGUGUAAGGGUAGAUAUGUACUGUUUUAUGAUUGUCCGGAGGAGGAAAUGCAGAAGAGAUUACUGGAGCGCGGGAAGACAAGCGGAAGGACGGAUGAUAAUGCUGAGAGUAUUCAAAAGCGGUUUAAGGUUUUUGAAGAGACGAGUAUGCCUGUUGUGGAUUAUUUUGAUAGACAAGGUCGCGUUAUUAAGAUUAAUGCUACGAAGACUCCAGAGGGGGUUUAUGAGGAGACGAGGAAGAAGUUGGAGGAGAAAUUGGGGAAGACGUUUUAGGGAGGGCGUGCUUGGAGUGCGAUGGGACGGUGCAUAAGGUGGAUAUGGAUAUGGAUAUGGGUAGAUUGCAUGCGUGGGAGGGAACUUUAAUAGAUAUUUGGGUGAUGUAUAAUUGGGAUAUAGACCAGGAAAAGUCAAAAAAUCUAUCAUACUGAGUAUGAAAAGGAGCGUAUAUCAGUAUAGUACGUACAGUACAGUACAGUACAGAAAGUUAUAAUCUGAACCUGAGAUAGACACCUGUCAUUCCUUCACGUUACAUACAUACCUAGUACUUGUAAAAAUACAUAAACAUCAGACAGGCAUGUUCAAAUGUAGAUCUAUCUCAUUCAA